GGAGCCGGGAUGGGAACCCCCGGCCCCCGGGCCCCGGGCUCUUUCCGCUAAGCCACGCGACGCUGAGCACAGAGGCCGGGCCCGUAGCAAGCGCUUAAUUAACCCAGGGCCCGGUGAUCGCAGGCGAGGCGGGAUGGAGAGGGGCGAGACGGCCGGGGCGCUGGCGGAGAAGAGCCUGGUGCUGUGGACGCUGUGCUCCGUGCUGCUGCCCGUGCUCCUCACCCUGUGGUGCAGCGUGCGGCGGGCCAGGAGGCAGCUGCUCCGCAGGGACAUUUUCCGCCAGAGCCAGCACGCCUGGCGCGACGCGGACCUGUUCGGGCAGCCCACCUACUGCUGCCUGUGCGCCCAGCACAUCCUCCGCGGGGCCUUCUGCCCCUGCUGCGGCCUGUGCGCCCACGAGGGCUGCCUCGACCAGGCCGACCGCCGCUUCCCCUGCAAGGAGAUCAUGCUCAAGGCCCAGCCCGGGGACGCCCUGGACGUGGCCCACCGCUGGAUCCGGGGCAACGUGCCCCUCUGCAGCCACUGCCUGGUCUGCAAGCAGCAGUGCGGCAACCAGCCCAAGCUCUGCGACUACAGGUGCAUCUGGUGUCAGCAAACAGUUCAUGAUGAUUGCAUGCAAAGUUAUUUAAGGAAUGAAAAAUGUGAAUUCGGAGAAUUUAAAAAUCUCAUCAUUCCACCAAGUUACUUAACCUCCAUUCAUCACAUGCGAAAAGGCAAAAUUACUGAUUAUGGAAAGUUAGCAUCCCCCUUUGGAAAUCAGUGGACCCCAAUAAUAAUCCUGGCUAACACGCGGAGUGGAAAUAACAUGGGGGAAAUCCUGCUGGGCGAACUGAAGAUUCUGCUAAACCCCGUCCAGAUUUUUGACCUAAGCAAAACUCCCCCGAUCAAAGCUCUGCAGCUUUGCACUCUGCUCCCGCCCAAUUCUGCUCGCGUGCUGGUGUGCGGAGGAGAUGGGACAGUAGGCUGGGUCCUGGACGCGGUGGAUGAGAUGAAGGUCAAGGGGCAGGAGAAGUUCAUUCCACACGUGGCAGUCUUGCCGCUGGGCACAGGCAACGACCUGUCGAACACCCUGGGUUGGGGGGCUGGUUAUGCCGGCGAAAUCCCAGUGGAGCAAGUCUUAAGGAACGUCAUGGAAGCGGACGAAAUUAAACUGGACCGGUGGAAGGUUCAAGUGACCAAGAAAGGAUACUACAAUUUAAGAAAGCCAAAGGUGUUGACCAUGAACAACUAUUUUUCCAUUGGACCCGAUGCUCUGAUGGCUCUCAAUUUUCACACUCACCGUGAGAAGACGCCAUCGCUGUUUUCUAGCAGAAUUAUUAAUAAGGCUGUGUAUCUCUUCUACGGAACCAAAGAUUGCUUAGUUCAGGAGUGUAAAGACCUGAAUAAGAAAGUUGAGCUAGAAUUGGAUGGAGAGAAAGUAGAACUGCCCAACCUGGAAGGCAUCAUCGUGCUCAACAUCGGCUACUGGGGCGGCGGCUGCCGGCUGUGGGAAGGGAUGGGCGACGAGACUUACCCCCUGGCCAGGCACGACGACGGUCUGCUGGAGGUGGUUGGGGUGUAUGGCUCUUUCCACUGUGCCCAGAUCCAAGUGAAACUGGCCAACCCAGUCCGGAUAGGGCAAGCCCACACCGUCCGACUGAUCCUGAAGAGCUCGGAGAUGCCGAUGCAGGUGGACGGCGAGCCCUGGGCCCAAGGUCCGUGCACCGUCACCAUCACCCACAAGACCCACGCCCACAUGCUGUGCCACCCCGGAGAGCAGAGCGACGAUGAAGACGACGCCUCCAGCGCCUCAGAACCGGAGUCCCCGAGGGCAGCGGCGCCGGACCGCCCAGAGCUGUGAGCCCCGCCGGCCUGGGGAGGGGCGUCCGAGGCGUCCGCCUUAACCAGGAGGCUGAGCUCACGCCACGAGGAGUUCGAGACCUCCGCUUCUGGGCUGGGGACAGGUUUGGGGAGGCUGCCUCGGGGCCGGGCUGGAAAUGGCGGGGAGAGAUGGGGCCAAUAGGAAGGUCCAGGGCCCCGGAUCAGGGUCGCCGUAAAGGGGGGGCGAUUUUUAGGGCCAGGACCGACUCCGCCAGCCAGCGACUCCUCUCUCCAGGCCGGGGACCAGGGCAGAAUCAGCCACCAUCUCUCAAAUUGCAAAACAUCAACUCUGAGUUCCAGCGAAUCCAGAAUAUGCUGGUUGGCGCCGCCGGGGCCACGAUGAAAUGCCCCACCAGCGUGCGAGUUGAAACACUACGGCUCUCACUGUCUUACCCCGGGUGCCCUCAGGUAGACCGCCUCGCAGCCAAGAAAACCGAGGUCCUCUUUCCUUUUCUCUCUGACUUUUCAGUCUAGGUGAGUUCUAACGUUUUCCAUUUUUUAAAAACGCCUCUAAAAGGGAUGACCUAAGCCAGGGCUGAAGGCUGUCGAGAAUUCUCUAGCGCUGCUCACACUUUUCCAGUACAGAGAGUUUUCACAGGCCCCUUGCACUGCCUCGUCCUGCAGUUCCUUGUGGCGCAGACCCCAGAGUCCACCUGGGUUUGUCUGUGGCCAAAAUGAUGCCAAACUCAAAUUCACAGGAAGCAUUUAAAAAAAAA